AUGGAGAAUAUAUCAUCAGCAUUCGACGUCGACCUGGUCAUUGUCGGCGGCGGACCAACAGGUUUACUAUCGGCCGUCCUUGCGAGAUCCCAGGGGCUCUCAGUGUAUAUCAUUGACGCCAAGAAUGGUGCCUUAGAAGUCGGCCGUGCGGAUGCCCUAAACGCCAGAACCCAACAAUAUCUCGAAGUGACGAAAACGUUAUCCUUCCUUGAGCCCUUUGGCUUGAAAUGCAACACAAGCUCGACAUUCGAAGGGGGACAGUUUACCUCUCAACAAAACAAAUGGUGGACGUCGUUGAAACAUACCCAUCGUCCCAACUUCCUCAUGAUCGGCCAGUCACAAGUCGAGGAGACUCUACUACAUCAACUUGACAUCCCUGUCGACUAUAAUUCGCAGGUCAAUGGGAUCAAAGAGACCACGUCAGGUGUGGUAGUGACGACCGACAAAGGAAGAACGAUAGCAGCCAAGUAUGCGAUUGCAGCAGAUGGUGCGCGCUCAUUUGUGCGUACCACACUUGGGAUACCCUUUACUGGAACUAAGCCUGAAAUGGUCUGGGCCGUUCUGGAUACCUUUAUUGAAACGGACUUCCCGGUCUGCCCUGAGAUUAUUACCUUCCAGAAGGAUGGACAAUCACGCGUUGCAUGGAUCCCUCGAGAGCGUGGUAUGAACCGCUUCUAUAUCCUACUCGACGGAGAAAUCACACAGGAAAAAGCCGAAACCUCCAUACGAGACCAUAUGGCUCCGCACAAGGUUGAGUUCAAGAAGACCGAGUGGUUUAGUACGUUUGAGAUCAAGGAGAGAGUAGCCAGCACUUUCAUCUCUAAGGAUGGAAAAGGUCGCAUUUUGCUUGCUGGUGAUGCCGCCCACGUCCACGCCGUCAAUGGCGGUCAGGGUUUGAAUACUGGUAUCGCAGACGCAUUCAACCUCAUAUGGCGGGUCGCCUUUGCGAUCAAGGGACAUGGGGGUUCUACACUACUGAAGAGUUACGAUGAAGAGCGUCGUGCCACAGCCACGGCUGUCAUUGACGUUGCUGCGAAGUUGGUGCGGACCACUGUCAAGACUGCUUUGGAGUAUGUUGAAAUCAUUGAGAAGAAUGCGGGCUAUAUUACAGGUAUGGGAGUCUCCUACUCCUCUACUACCCCGCUGGUAGUAGACUCAAGCUACGGCGACUUUGUUGCUGGGAACCGUUGCCCUGAUCUAUGGGUUACCAAGCUUCCUGAGAGUUUGUCGCAAACCAAUGCCGAAGAGUUCUCUCGAAUCCGUCUAUACGAGCUGUUUACGUAUGGAAGAUUCAAGGUUCUCUUCAUUGGGAAUGAGAAGCCUGCCUCUUUCGAACAGGCUAUUGAACUGCAACAGAAAGCAGAAAUAUGGCAUAUCCAUGACCAGGACGAUCGCCUGACUACCCUUACCCAUGAGUUCAGUGCAGAAUGGGUGAAGAGCGACGAAGGCGCAGUUGUGGUUGUAAGACCAGACAUGUAUGUUGGUUACGUCGGGAAGGAUUGGGUGCAAUAUCUGGAUUCGGUAUUUAGUUGA